AGACAUUUAGAAAAGUCACUCAACUCCUCGUCCCUAAUAAGAACGAAUCCAAAAUAUUGCAAAAUUGAAGGCUUUAUUUUUAUCCUUUCAUAUAAGGUUUUCAGAAUAAUAAGUGGUCUUUAGACCGAUCACGGUGUAAUUUAGUUUCAUUGUUGUGGAAUAUUAUACCUACCUGUUUCAAUAUGGGGCAACUUUUGGGAUCCUUCAACACCAGAGAUGUAGACCUUAACAUGGAUGAUAAACCUACUUUUGAUCAUCAAGUUGGGUUUAAUUAUGAGCGCAAGCCUCGAGAGAUGAUAGCCAAGGAAGAAGAUCUAGUAUCGGCUAGAAUUCCUCCAAACAAAAGAGAUUACUGUGCUCACUAUUUGUUGGACUACCAUAUGUGCCGCUAUAAGAACAUGCCAAUGAUUUAUAAAUGUGCCCAUGAAAAACACAAUUAUUUGAACUGUGAGCAACAAGACUAUGUAUUGAGGAUGAAGGAAUUCGAACGAGAACGUCGUCUGAGACUACGUGAACAGCGCCUCGUCGGAGCUGCUUAAAGAGUUUCAGUUGCUUAGACAAAAAAAUUAUGAUUAUCAAGAUGUAAAUAGAUUAAAUAAAAAUGUUUCUUUACCA